AUGGAAAUGAAGAGGAUUGAAAAUCAAGGAGAUAGACUUGUAACAUUUUCUAAACGUAAGUCUGGGAUCUACAAAAUUGCAAGUGAGCUUAUUACUCUAACUGGGGCUGAAAUUGCUGUUGUAGUUUUUUCCCCUGCUGGUAAGCCUUUUUCCUUCGGUUAUCCUUCAGUAGAAUCUGUUAUUAAUCGUUUUCUUGGUAGAGAUCCACCAAACAAUGAUAAUACUCAUCUCAUGGAAGCACAUAGGCGCGUAAGAAUUGAAAGCUUAACUCAAAAGCAAAAUGAGAUAGUGAGUCAACUAGAUUCUGAUAUGGAGAAGGGCCAAAAACUAAAGGAGAAGUUGAUAGACGAUGAGAGAAAGGGUUGGUGGGAUACUCCUCUCGAGGAGCUUAACGUUCAAGAGCUUAUUGAGUUAGAGAAUAAAUUUAAGACAUUACACAUGAUGCUGUGCAACAAAGUCAUGGAUAUCAACAAUGGAGAUCCUUCUUCCUCACAAGCUCCAUAA